AUGGAAGCCAACUCCUCCGAAAUGAUUCGCGAGCUGCACGGCGAUUUGCAGCGCAAAUGGAAAGCCCACGGUCCCAAAGUCGAAACUGCCUGGCGCUCAUUCAACAAAGCCCAACGCGCGAAAUGCAUGAGAGCCGGCUCCGCUGAUGGACUUGUCCUCAAGCACUCGUCAGACGUAUCGCUGGGCAACGUCUACAAAUUCAUUCCUGAAUGGAACCUCGAAGAUAUCACAGCUCCCAACUCGGACUUUCUCCUCGACAUUCUCAAGCAUCGCUCCACGAAGACUCUAUUUGAGCAGUAUGCCGAAGGCGUCAGUGGCACGCUGGGAGACCGCCAUCUCAUCGAGAAGAUGGUUCGGGAGAAGAAUCUCCGCCACGUCGACCCUUUCAAGCAUUCCUAUACCUACUUCUACGACGAAAAGUACGGCCAGUCAUUCACGGUUCAGCCCAAGCAUCUGGAGGAGGUUAUGAAAGGCCUGCGAAUCGCUGUUGACCAUGGCGUUCUCAUCCCGCGAUCGAUAGGAGAGCUCGUCCUUCAGCGGCAAAUCACCAUUCUACAGCUCCUCAAUGUUAUGAUUGAAGAUAUCCUCGACCAAGGAUCACAGACAAGAGCCCGAGGCGUCAAGAAGAAACAAUCUAAGAAUUCACCUCUUUCUGAGUCUGCCUCCAAGCAGGCGACAGUCAAACUUACGACCCAGGAAAUAGUCGCGAUUGCUUCUGAUCAAAAGUCCUCUCUUGAGGAAUACCUGUCACUACUUCGAACCGAACCUACAGUCCUAUGUCCUGGUGUCAACGUUCAGUUCUUCAGCCGACCAGAACUUGUUCCCGACGAGAAGGGCCGCUCGCUACCAGUCCAUACCGACAAAUACAUCGGACCCGCAGUCUUCGAGACAAUCCACCAUGCAGUCCAGGGAAUUGCUGUUUGGGAGUCCAUCACAGGCCUUCUUGACCUUCUUGAGAAGCCGUCUACCGACAAGCUCUACAAAUCCACCAUUCUCCAAGAGCUGGCAAACAUUUGUCACUUCGAGUAUGCUCGCGCACAAGCGCUUUUCAAGCGCCAAGUUUCAACAGGAACUGGGUCGAAAUGGUUUAAACGAAUUUCCAACGCGUAUGACAAUUCAGGCAAUGCCAAGGUCUCGAUGAAAGGCAAGCCGGAAGAGCUUACGCGCUCUGACCCUCAGCUGCAUUACUUACUGCGACUCUGUCAGCCGGAGACUACCGUCACGAAAGCAGUUGAGUGGAUGGAGAAGCUCAGCGAUCUCUACAGGGCGCAUCCUUUGGAGCGCGAGAAGCUUGAUGAGAGGGAGUCCCGUACGCUUCAUGACGUGGCUGCCAUCGUCGCAUUCGUCCAGGAUUUGUCAACUGUGCACCCAUUUCCCUCCGCAUCACGAAAGAAAGGGAACCUGCUAGUCACCGGCUUACAGGAGGUCGAUACCGAGCUCAGCCAAAUCAAGAAGGAAGUUGACCUGCGCGACUAUGCUGCCCCGAUCGAUAAUCUUCUUGAGCCUGGCAUGUCUGCUAGAGCACUGGAGGCUCUGGAUGGGUUUGUCGUAGAGAAGACAGGCACGAAAAUGGGGUCUCUGUACCAAGAUGAACUAGAGAAAGCGUUCCGAAACGUCGAAGAACAGUACCAGCAGGCCAGGAAUAAGGCAAACAAGGAUACCAAGGCAGAUUUUGUCCCCAUCGACACCACUCCAGUGGACGCAAAGCAGAGAAUCGAGAUUCGAAGACAGAAAGAAAAGAUGCGCCCAGAACACUCCUCUGUCUACGCGAUCACCCCGACCACAGACUCUCUUGAACACAAGGAAGCCACAAAGCCGACCCAGCCAGUAAAGGUCAGCUCAUCAACAGCCGAGGUCUUUGCGACCCUCUUCAGCAAGACUCAAGCACGAGGAUCUGUUAACUGGUCAUCCUUCGAGGCGGCCAUGUCUGAGCUGGGAUUCUCGGUGCUGCCACGAUUUGGAUCCGUUUACACGUUCCGACCGUCUGAGGAUAUGGACAUCAAGAGACCUGUUAGCAUUCACCGACCUCAUCAGUCGCAGAUCGAGGGUUAUUUGAUCCUGAUUUUGGCACGACGCCUGAAUCGGGCUUAUGGAUGGAGUGAGGACUCAUUUGUCACUAAGUAA